GGGAAAAAUUAUUGAAAUUUAUAAUUUUAAACUAAAUACAAUUCGUAUAACACCAAAUAUUAAUAGUUUUUGAAUAGUUUUCGAUAAUAAUAAAAUACAUUAAAAUAAAAUUUCAUACUACAAUCUACGUCAAACGUCAAAGAAAGGAUAUCAAAUUCGUCACAUAAAGAAAAGUUAUAAAUUAUAAUUAGUAUAAUGUAUAAAUAAGUAGAAAAAAAUUCUAAAUUUAGUGUUGAUACGAUAAUUGUGGAGAAUACAUAUUAAAUAUAUAUUAUAAAUAUUUUCAAAUGCAAAUACGAAGGUGUUUGCAUUAUAAGUUAAAAAAAGAAUCCUUAUAUUAAAUUUUUGAAAGUUCGGGGGUAUAAAGAGAAAAAACUAGAACACCUACCUACAUUCUAUAUUGUACCUAUGUACGAAUGCAAUAUAAAACAAAAACGUAAUACAAAUUAUAAAAUAACAGCUGAGUAGAAAAUUACAAAAAUUUUUAUACACAUAAAAUUAUAACUAUAUAUUAUUAAUAAAUAAAAAUAUAAGCAUGUCUAAUCAACUCAUGUAAUUUUUAUGAUUAGAAAGUAAAUGAUUAAAUAAUCUGAUGACCUGAUGAACAUAAGAUUUUAAAAGCUGAUUUGCUUCCAUAGUAAUGUUCAAUAAACCAACUUAUCUACAAAAACACAUAUAGAACAAACGUAACUUCAGCAACAUUACAUUUAAUUUAUUAAACAUUUUGCCUAGUUAAAUUACUUUUAGAUAAAUGAAUGUAAUUUUUUUUUCUUUUUAACGCCAAAUAUGAUUUUUGUGGAUCGGAUAUUGUAGGAACUCUAAUUUUGGUUACGUCCCUCUUUAAAUAUAUCAAGGAAAAGUUAAUUUAUGAAAAUUAUAGUAGCUACUUUAAUUUGAAUAAAGAGUUUAAAGAAAUAAUAUUAGAAAAUUGAAAAUGAGUGGACGUGUUAGAAGGACAGUAUACGGUUAUCUAGACGAAGAUAUUCCAACACUACAAGAAAAUAUAUAUGAAUAUUUGUCAGACAAUUUAUCAGUAAUAUGUGUUAGAGAUCAAUUGACAGAAUUAAAAUUUAUACACGACGAUAUUUUAUUACCAUCAGAAAUAUGUGACCGUUUUUUAGAAUAUCAUCAAAAGAGUAAUCGUGACGUAGAUGAUUCUUUUGUUAACAUUUUUCGAGAUACUCAAAAAACACCAUUAAAAUAUGUGCAUUUACGAAAUAGUUCUAUAACAAGUGAAGGUUUAGAAAUUUUAUUUCGACAUAAUUUAACAUCACUGUCGAUGUGGUAUUGUAGUAAUAUUAAUUUGGAAUCAAGACAUUUGUUGGCGAAAUAUGGAGGAAAUUUAAAAUCAUUAGAAUUGGGUUUAGAUGUUGACUUAUUACGUUAUCCAGAACCAAAUGAGAAGUCACCAGUAGAUUUUCAAUUAAACUUUCCUAAUUUGCGUCGUCUUGUUCUUCAUGGAGUAGUUUUACAUUAUCGCCUACAAUUUAACCAUUUACAUGAUUUAGUUUAUUUGGAUUUAACACAAUGUUUUCUUAGUUUUUUCAAUUUGGGAUCAUUAUCUUUAUUGCCAAAUUUAACAACAUUAAUUUUACAUAAUAUUUGGCCAAUUGCAAAUCACCUGCACGUAAUAUGUAGAAUAUCAACUUUAAAAUGUUUAGACAUUUCUGUAGGUGUUUCUACAAACGGACAAGGGACUUAUGACUUAGCAGAUCAGACUUUAGAAAUGUUGGUAGAAAAUUUACCUAAUUUAACACAUUUGGACAUCUCAGGAACGAAUUUAGCUGGAACUGGUGUAGCUCAAAAAGAAUCAAAUUAUAAAACACCUUCUGAUAUAGCGGGGCUAUCAAGUCGAACUUCAAACCCUUUACAAUUUUUAGGACUUUAUCAUACAGCACAUUGGGCAUGCAAAAGGCAUGAUAUUCCUGCUUUAGAGAUCGCUGGCGAUGCAAAUGAAAAACAAAUACUAACAGCUGCUAGAUAUUAUUAUGACAGACCAGCUGUCUUAACAAGCGUUCUCAAUGAUUUGUAUCAUCUUUUUCGAUUUGAAACAUGUCAAUCAGUUCAUGAAGCACUUGAUGUUGUAUUAACAGCAAUGGAUAGACAUUUAAAAUACAAACAUAUGCAAAUAUCUGGCAGUGCCACGUUAUUUUACAUUGUUAAAGGGCAGGAUAGGGCAAAAUUUGGUACACCUUUAAAAAAUCACAUAAUACGAACAUUAUUAAAUGGUAUGCAAAUGCACAUAUCAGAUGAUACUAUGUUAAGAAAUGGUUAUCUCACAUUUUGUCAGUUCCAAAUGCCCCACGAUGUGGUUUUUGAAUACGAAAGAUUGAUAACAGUACUUUUACAUGGUGUUUCCAAUACUGAACAAGAAGGGUUCGUGCAACGCAUAGCAAUAUAUUUACUAAAUACAUUAGCGUGUCAAGUAGAUGGAGCGCAAAAAUUAUUUUUAGGAGACUUGAAUGUUAUAAGUACAAUGCUCAGUUUAAUACAAGAUCGAUUAAGUAGAAAUGUAUCAGAUGAUGUAAUGGAAGUUGCAUGGUCGACUAUGUGGAAUGUAACUGACGAGACUGCAAUCAAUUGUAAAAGAUUUUUGGAUGGAAAAGGAAUGGAAUAUUUUUUAACUUGUUUAAGAAUAUUUCCAGAUCGUCAUGAACUAUUAAGAAACAUGAUGGGUUUACUAGGAAAUGUAGCUGAAGUGAAAUGGUUGCGGCCACGUCUAAUGACAACAGAAUUUAUCGAUGUUUUUUCCGAUUUACUUGAUUCUGAAAGUGAUGGAAUUGAGGUUAGUUAUAAUGCAGCUGGCGUCUUAGCACACAUAGCAUCAGAUGGUGAUGCAGCAUGGGUAAUUGAAACUCCUACUCGGGCUAAUGUUUUAGUAAGAAUGGUUAAAGCAAUUGAAUUAUGGAAUUUAACAAGCGAAAGAAAUAUCAAUUAUAGAAGCUUUGAACCUAUUUUAAGUCUUGUUCGUUGUUAUGAUACACCUGCAUGCCAACAUUGGGCUGCAUGGGCCCUGGCUAAUUUAACUCAAGUUUAUCCAACAAAAUAUUGCACUUUACUGGAACAAGAAAAUGGACGAGAAAUUCUUUCAGAAUUAAUAGAAGAUCCAAGACCCUAUAAGCGCAUUAAAGAGUUAGCUCAAAUGGUUUUAGAUGAAUGUGAUAAAGAAGCAAAGAAGCUUGAUGGGUAACAACCGAACUGUAGAUGCAUAUGAUUUUUUAAAAACAUAAAAUAUGACAUUUUGCAAAAUAUUAAGAAAAAAAGCAAAAAAUUUAUAGAAAAACUGGAAAAUUCUCACAAUUUUAGCUAUUAAAAAUGUAGAAGAUCUUUUUAAGAUACUCCAUUUGUGUUAUCCAUCCUUUCAUUUAAACUCCUUGUAGAGUUCCUUUAGUUUUUAAACAAUAAUAUUGUUGAAAGGCGAAGAUGGAAUUAUUAUUUUUGAUUUUUAUAUAGUUUCCAUUUAGUUUAAUAUCGUAUACAAUAUCAUUUAAAAGAUUAUAAUUAUGUAAUCUUUGUAUGUAUUAUAAGAAUUUCAAUAUAGAGUUUAUUGAAUUUUAAGAACUAUUCAAGUAAACGUUAUAAAAUAAGAAAAAAAAGUUUUGUAGAGAUCAAAUUUUAUUUUUGGAAGCCAAAAUACUUCCUUAUGUACACAUUGUAUUAAAUUAUGAAAUUAUUAAAUAUUAUUAAAGAGAAAUUCGAUAUUUAUGUUAAGAAUAUCUUAAUUUUUAUUUUUUGUUGAUUAUGCAGGAAUUAUUUUUUUUUAGAUAUAAUGGAGUACUUUAAAUUUUUUAAAACUUUAAACCAUAAAUUUCUAAAUUUUUAACUGAAUUAAAUAAAAUUUUCUAGGAAUUGUAAAUUAAAGUUCAGUUUCACGAACGUUUUUUUGUAAAAGAAAAUACAAACUCAAAAUAUGUAAUUUUAUUAAAAAAUAAAAGAAUGGUAACUUUUUAUUAAAACUUUAUUAAAAAACUU